UCCCUCCUCUUCUCACCCUUUCCCUUUCAUUUCGGAACCUUGGAACUUCCAGAGCCAUUUGAGAAGGCCCUCCCUCCCUCCUCCACCCUGCUAUAAAUGACAGUCCUCUCCUGCUUGCGCUUACACUAAGGGAGACACCAGCAGUCUCUUAACUUCUUAAUCAUAAGGAAGGACCUUGAAAUGACGAUGAGGGCACAGAGCUGGAUGUUGGUGUCUUUACUGCUGCUCUUGGAGGUUCUGUGUUCUUGGGUUGAUGCCAGCAAUCCAGGAAUCGUGAACAGGAUCACCCAGAAGGGCCUGGAUUAUGCUUGUACUGAGGCAGUGACCACCUUGGAAAAGGAACUGUUAAUGAUCAAGCUACCUGAUUUUGAAGGGGAUUUUAAGAUUAAACAUCUUGGACGUGGGGAGUAUCAUUUCAAGAGUCUUAAUAUACAAAGUGUUGAACUAAAGAACUCCAAACUGGACCUGGUGCCUGGUGAAGGCCUCAAGGCAUCUAUCUCCAAUGCCUUUAUCCAUUUGGACGGGGAUUGGAGAGCACGCAAGUCUUUUUUGAAAGUAAGUGGUUCCUUCGAUCUGCAAGUUAAAGGUAUUUCCAUUUCAGUAUCUCUGCGAUUGAGCAGUGAUAGUUCUGGGAGACCCACAGUCACCAACAAACAAUGUAGCAGUCACAUCGCUGAUGUUGAUCUCGACGUUUCUGGAAAAGUUGGGUGGUUGGUGAACCUCUUCCAAAGCCAAAUUGAGUCCAAGUUCAGAAGGAUCUUGGAAGAUAAGAUCUGUGAGAUAGUCAAGACGUCAGUUGCUUCAGACCUCCAACCUUUUCUUCAGAGCCUCCCAGUCAUAGCCAAGAUUGACCAAAUUGCCAGCAUGGAUUAUACCUUGUCUGGGCCACCCCAGGCCACACGUCACAGUUUGGAUACUCCCUUUAAGGGUGAGUUUUUCAGGCAAAGCCAUCGAUCCACUGUUCCCUUUGAGCCUCCUGCCAUGAAACUCCCUGAAGACCAUGACCUCAUGGUUUACUUUGGAAUUUCUGAUAGCGUCUUCAAUACAGCUAGCCAAGUUUACUGGGAGGCAGGAGUCAUGAACUACACUAUCACAGAUGACAUGAUCCCAUCCAGUUUUAGUAUCCGACUGAAAACCUCCUCUUUCCGAGCUCUGGUCCCUCAGUUGGGCAAGCUGUAUCCCAAUAUGCCAAUGGAACUUCAGAUAUCGACUUCUUCUCCUCCCGUCAUGGUCUUCAGUCCAGGGAAUGUGACCCUCACACCAGUGAUGGACCUCCAGGCCUUUGUCAUCCUACCCAGUUCCCUCCGGGUGCCUCUCUUCUUGCUCAGUAUGACAACCACUGUUACGGCCACCAUGGGCGUGAACGCCAGCAGACUUGUCUCUUCUGUGACCCCAGGAAGUUCGUUAACCAUGGAACUAAAACACUCGAACAUUGGCUCAAUCAAUGUGCCCUUAAUCCAGGCAAUCCUGAAUCACUAUGCUCUAAGCACCCUGUUACCUGCUGUCAAUGAAAAUCUGGAGAUAGGUUUUCCUCUCCCUUUGCCAAGAAAUAUUCAACUGCAUGACCUCCUUGUUCAACCUUAUCAGGACUUUCUGCUUUUGGGAGCCAACGUCCUGUACACUAAAAAAUGAAGGAGAGGACUGACAAGUAGGAGCACAGAUGGAGACGGGAAGAUUGUUUUUCUGCAGGCAAGGCCUCUUUUCUGGUGGAGAAUUAAAGGCCACAGCUGGGCUCCCUUUCCCAUUGUCUGGGUCUCUCUAGUUCUGUUCUGUGGCAUAGACCUGCCGAAGAUAAGUGUGUCACUUGGGGGCUCAGCCUGUGGAUUCCAAGCUCUGUGCCCUCUUUGGACUGCCAUGCCCUUCUCUGCAUGAAUUGGCUUUUUCAGUGGCACCCAUUGCUCUCCAUGACUACCAGCUUCUCCUGGAGUUCGCCUGCUGUUGUUUGCAUUUUUGGUUCCACUCCUCUCUCUUCUCCCAACCCCAUGUAGUCCUCCUCUUUCCUUGUGGAUAUCCAAUAAAUCCUCUCCCACUCCCAAAUGACUCAAUAAAAGACUGAAUGACUGUGUCA